AUGAGUUCAUUAAUACAUGCUGAAAAAUGGAAAUUUGCGUUAAUCCAUUCAAAUCCGAAGGAAGCUGAUAAAUUUCGUUCUAUUGUCGAUUCAAAAGUUUAUCAAUUUCAGAAUGCUCCAUCAUUCAUGACUAGUUUAUGUGAAAUGGUUGAUGCUAGGAAAUCUCUUAUUUUAGUGGCACCAGAUCAUCUAAUUAGAUCUUUACCAUCGGAUAUUGAAACAAGAGUACAUAAGUUAUAUAUCUAUAAUGAAGAUGGUGAAAACAAAUAUCAAUCGUUGAAUGAUAUUUAUUUAGAUUUAUCCAAUUUGAUUCUCGCACAAAGCAUAGAACGAACAAUUUUUUUUCGUCGUUCAAAACAAAAUGGUGCUGCGCGACUUCAUGCACAAGAAAGUAUGGCGCAAACUAAAAAACUUAUUGAUCAAUUAUCUGAUUUGUGUCAUGAUAUUGAUGAAAAUAUUUUAUUGGGAAAAGAAGCAGAGACUUAA